AUGGAUCGCCUGAAUCGAUACACUGCCAGAGGUAGCACGGAUGACACUGUGCGAGUAUUGAAGGCCUUUCUCGACUUCCUGCCACCAGAAGGCAAAUCCAAUCUCGAAACUGACCUUCGGUCAUUUAACACUGACGAAGAUGUUCGCAUACACGCGGAAUCGUUGGUGAAUCAUCUACUUACUCCGUUCAAGGCUCUUCGAGCCACGCCGGAUAUCAGUAUUUCACCUCGUCCUGGCAUGGAAGAAUCGAUCGAGAACAUUUUGGCGAAAAUGACAGAUUCCUCUAAUCGCCAAGCAUACCUAAAGAGGGAGUGUCUCCUGCGGGAUGGAAACAAAUGUGUGAUCACGGGCUUCAGGGAACAGAGUACCGUAGAUCGUGACGACCUUACAACUCGGGCUGAGAACACUGAAUGCGCACAUAUUAUUCCACUUUCUCUCGGAUCAUGGAAGGAUGACCAGGAAGCUCAUGACAAAGCCGUUAUCUGGGUGAUGUUAAAUCGUUGCUUCCCUUCUCUGAAACAGAGGAUCGCAUUUGACUAUCAGUCAAUUAAUGACCACCGCAAUGCGAUCACAAUGUGCGCAGACCUACACAAGAAAUUCGGAAAUUUCUUGUUUGCACUCGAGGCCACGGACAUUGAACACUCGUACCGAAUUAAACGCUAUAGGCCAAAUUUUCUUUCCCGUCUCGAGCAGACUAGCGUUAUUUUCUAUCAGCAUGAUCCUCGCUAUGCCCUUCCAGACCCUGAGCUACUAAAGAUCCACGCAACGAUCGCCCGCAUCUUGUACGUCUCUGGCAAAGCAGCAGAAAUCGACAAGGUCCUUCGCGAUCGGGACGAGAUUUCCGUCCUAGCCGCAAACGGCACGACAGAUAUUGCUUCUUUACUGGCUACUACAACCCUUGGUCGACUUGAGAAAUCGCAGAAUAUUUUCCCUGGUAUAUCUUUAGAUCACAACGCGAAGCAAUACAAAUCAAUAGAUAGAUCCUGCGGGAAACUGAAGGAGAAUGUCAAGGAUUGA